AUGGGCAAAUCCAAGUUGACAACCCAUGAAGAGCGAGUCGCUGCGUUGCGAGCUCGACUUUCCGGAAAUGCUCCGACCAGAACAAGCAGAAGCAGGGUCAACCUGCCAUCUAAUCCAAUGCUUACUGCAACACUUCAUGCUGCAGCACGCAGUGCCCAAGGGAUGGAACUAUCUCCUUUAGAAGAACGUUUAGUCAACGCAUUUAAAAUCUAUGCAACUGACGAAGAAGUUGCCGAAUAUGGUCAAAUCUACACAGAGAUGAAAACAAAAACUCGCUCCCUCAAUGGCCACAGUGGUGCUUUGAGAGGAAUUCCUUUAAACAUCGAUGACAGCACACCGUACAUGGAAGUGGACAUGGUCAAAGAUGCGCAAAACAAUCAAGAAGAAAUUCUUGCAAGGCCUGAAAACAAGAUUUUGGAUAUUACAACUGCUGGUGCUAUUGAUGAAGAUGGUUGUGUGGAUAACAAGGAGUAUUCGACUGCUCUGCUUGAAGCUAGCAGUGGUAUUACAAUUAUUGUUGGUCCUGACCAACCCGGGCCAUCGGCCGAUCAAAUUGGUCCCGUAGCAUCAAUUAAAUACUUGGAUGGGUCUACAAGUACGCCCGCAGCUACUAACAAUACCGAACAGGCGUCAACAAUUAAUGCAGAGGCUUCUUCAUAUCGACUCCAAUUUCAACGUUUUAAAUGUCAUCGAAAACAGGACGACUCCAUGUUUGGACCAAAGAAUGAGAUAUAUUGGGCUGUGGCAGCAGGAGCUGAUGGUCAUGAUAAAAACUCAUUCAAGACUAGCGAAUACGGAAGUAUCGAAACUGGGACUGUGAGAAGCAUGGGAGGGUUAGAUUAUUGGACCGGAUCUGUCCAAGAACACUUUGCCGGUGGAUCAGGAGCCUGGGGAUCGGGUGGGGGCGACACAGGAAAGGGUGCAGCAAUUUUGGCUUUAGUUGCAAUUUGUACUGCUCUUGUGGCGGAGCUGCUCGCAUUCUUUAGAAACGAUGAUGAUUUCGUUUUCCGACGCGAGAUUGCUUUUACGAAGUCAGGACUUGAUGCAUGGACUCAAAAGCCAAACAAAGAACUUUCUUUUAUGUUUGACGGCGAGAGUGAGGGCAAGCAUGAGUUAUGGAUUAGCUGUAACAAAAUUCCACGUCCUGAUGGUUCUUUGCGAGCCCUUCUUUGGACCAAGGGAAGCGGCUGGAGAAGCGUAACUGCACCUACGGGCAACAGCCCUCAUGGGAUGACUAUGGCAGAUCAUCAUGGUGAAUUGGUGGGAAUCUUCCGCAAAACCGAUAAUACCAUGUUAUGGACGAAAUGGUUGAAGUCAGCAGGAAGGUGGACGGCUCCUCUUACAAUUAGUAACGGGGCUAGGACUACGCAUAGACCAACUCUGUGCACAUUCAAUGAUAGGUUAUGGUGUAUGUAUCGAGCGCCUUCUGGUAAUAUACAUGUGAUGUCGACAGAUAACCUGUUGACCUCCUGGGAUCUUGGCAGCAUAUGCAUAUAUAUUGCAUGA